GUUGUUUUAUGAUUUGCAACAAAAUUGCAAAACAAAGCGAUUGCAUCGCUCAUUGUGCGACUGAUAAACCGUGAUAAGACAGUUUAUUGUCCCCGUUUAAAAGUGGCUUAUUAUCAGUUUUUAGUGUCUGAAGAACUACACCGUUUUUAAGGCAAUUUGUAACGAGAAAGGCCCCCGCGAAAUGUCCUCCCCUCGCAAGCUGACCAUCUUGUACGGCAGCCAGUCCGGCACGGCCCAGGACCUGGCGGAGCAGAUCUGGCGCGACUCGAAGCUGUACCACCUGCGUGGUUCCGUGGCCGCCAUGGAUGAGUACGACAUCGGCCAGCUGAUCGAGGAACGGUUCGUGGUGCUGGUCUGUUCGACGUACGGCCAGGGCGAGGAACCGGACAACAUGAAGCGCUUUUGGCGGUUCCUGCUGCGGAAGAGUUUGCCGCUGGAUUCGCUGCGUGGGAUGUGGUUCGGAGUGCUCGGGUUGGGCGAUUCGCGCUAUCCCAAGUUUAACUACGUGGCGAAACGACUUCACAAGAGGUUGAUUCAGCUCGGGGGUCAAGCCAUGCUUCCUGUAGGGCUGUGUGACGAACAGCAUGACCUUGGCUAUGGGGCCGUCUUUAUGCCGUGGAUCAACGACUUUUGGAAGCGACUGGAGGAGUUGAGUCCGAUUCCGGAUGGGUUGAAAAAGUUGGAUGAAAGUCCUCGCGAGUACCGGUGGACGGUACGACGGUCGGAAGAACCUGUCGAGGAGCAGGAAGAGGUGGACAUGUAUGCCGACGUCAAAGUGGACAACGUGUUCGUUUCGGAGGUGGAGGAGAAUCGACGAACCACGCCGGAGGAUCACUUCCAGGACGUGCGAUUGAUAACUUUCCCGAGGAGAGACGCGAAUUGGACUGCGGGUGACGUGGUCUACGUCAGGCCGCACAACUCACCGGAGGACGUAGAUCGACUGUUCGAGUUGUUCGAGGAACAUGGACUAAAUCUGCACAAGGACACGGUCAUCACGGUGGAAGCGAUCGAUUCGGAACUCCCCGUCCCUCCCAUCCUCUCCAAACCCCUCCCCCUGGGCCGCCUCGCCACCCAGUACUGGGACCUCACCGCCAUUCCACGGGCACGUGCCUUCGCCGUCCUGGCGCGAACCUGCCCCAACGAACUGGAGCGCGAAAAGCUGCUCGAGUUUGCCAGCUACGAGGGCCAGGAAGAGCUGUACUCGUACGCGAACCGGCCCCGACGCACCAUUCUCGAGGUGCUGCGUGACUUUCCCCAUGCGUGCGAUUCGCUCACGCUGGCCGCCCUCUUUGAGCUGUUCCAGCCGAUCAAACCGCGGGCGUUUUCGAUCGCCUCGGCGGCCGCGAGCGGCAAGUUGCGCAUUUUGGUGGCGGUUAUCGAGUACCGGACGAAGCUGAAGGAACCGCGGCGGGGACUGUGCUCGAACUGGCUGAAGCGACUCGAAGUGGGGACGAAGCUGAGGAUGUGGACGAGGAAAGGCACGUUCCAGCUGCCGAAGGAUGUGACUACCCCGAUCGUUAUGGUCGGUCCCGGCACGGGACUCGCGCCCUUCCGGGCGGUACUGGAAGAACGUGAGCUGUCGGUGGACGCCACCGGUCCGUUGGUGCUUUUCUUCGGCUGCCGUAACGCCCAUUCGGAUUUUCACUGCGAGGAAGAUCUGCGGCGCAUGGAACGGUCCGGUCUGUUGACGCUAUUUUGUGCGUUUUCGCGUGACCAGGAGGACAAGGUGUACGUGCAACACUUGAUUCGGAAGCAGGGAGAUCUGCUGAAAAAGCUUCUGGUGGAGCGAAACGGAGUGUUUUUGCUGUCGGGCAGUUCCAAGAACAUGCCGGAAGCCGUUUGCGAAGCACUGGGUGAAGCGUUGGGAGAUUCGGCUUAUGUUGAGGAAAUGAAAAAGAGCGAGCGAUAUCAGGAAGAGACUUGGCAAUAGAAAGAGCUUUUUAUUUAGACUAAU